CGUGGAUUGAGGACGUAGCACAGACCCAGCUCCAUCCACUCCAGGCUGCCGACGCUCCUGCCACAGUAGCUGCUCAAUCUGCGCUCGUCUUAUUCUAACAAAACAACAGCAACGAUGGAAGGAAACGUCUGCAACAUUCAGGUGCUGCUGCGGGCUGCAGAGUUUCUGGAGAGAAGAGAAAGAGAGGCAGAACAUGGCUAUGCUUCAGUCCAGCCUCUCAGUCCAGGUCAGUCCGAUAAGAGAAGCAAACAGAAGAGCAAGAAGAUAUCUGCUGGUGGCAAUAGGUCUGUCCACAAUGAGUUGGAAAAAAACAGACGAGCUCAGCUGAAGCACUGCCUGGAGCAGCUCAAGAAGCAGGUUCCUCUGUCGUCAGACUCUAUGAGGAACACCACACUCAACCUGCUGAGACGAGCCCAGCUCCACAUCAAGAAGCUGCAGGAGCAGGACGAACGCGCCGAGCAGAUGAAGGGACGCCUGCUCUGGGAGCAGAGGGAGCUGAGGGUUCGGCUGGAGCAGCUGCAGAGAGGAACCGAGAGGUCGAGGAACGACAGCCAGGGCUCCACUAUGUCCUCAGAGAGGUCCGACUCCGACAGAGAGGAUGUGGAAGUUGACGUGGAAAGCAUUGUGUUUGACUGCGUGGAUUCUGACGGACUGAGCAUUACGCACACUGGUGCAGAUCACUGCUACUCCAGCAUGAACAAGGCCUGGCUAUGACAGCAGCAAAUAUACCGUGUUUAAUGUCGCCUGGUGGACGGGAAGAGGAGAAAACAUUCCAAAAAAAAAACAAGGAGGAAGAAAAAAGGAGGAAAAUGUUACUUUUUUUAAACUUUACAGAAGGACUACCAUUUGUUGGACUACAAGCUAAACAUGAGUGAUGAGUGUCCAUUUGCACUGAAUAGCAGUAAAAAUCACUGGGCUGGGAUGGACGCUACAUAUACUGUAUGUUUUCUGACGACAACCAUUAGUGGCAUUUUUUUCCUCAAAAAAAAAGCGAUGAGAUGUCAAGCAGUUAGUUUUAUAGGCCCUGUAAACUCAAAAUAAGGGCUUUUUAAUUCCAAACUUUACUACAGUAUGUCAAUCCUGAAUUCUGCCUUAAUUCUGAUUUGGUCUAGUAUUCUAUACCGCUUUUCCAUAGCACUAAGUUUAUAUAUCAGUAACAUCUUGUUUAGCAUGCACUUAAACAUUAAUCUGUGCUAUGUUCUGUCCUAUUAUCUAAGUUCAGUCAUUUAUUUCACUCUUCUUAUUCUGUUGCACAUAACGUCCACACGUUGCACUUGUGUUUCAAAAGGUUUCGGGUGUAUCCAGAUGACAAUAACUAACUGGUCAUAUUUGCACAAUGAUAUUUGGCCAUUAAGUAACACUGCCGAAUAUCAAUUUGAUGUAUUCGUACACAAUUCAGUGUGUGCAAGGAUCUUGAUGCCUGUGCUAAAGAGAAAUGAAAAGCAUUAAGGAGCUUUUUGCACAGGUCUAAUGACAGUUAUUCACUGCUAAUAUAUUAACUGAUAUGUUUCUUAGAGGUGUUGGCUAUCCAAACUGUACACUUCAACGCUUGUGCAUUUGUCACUUACGAUGCUAAUUAUGCAUACAACAAAUUCACCAGUCAGACAGGCAAUGUCUCCUUGUAAUGAUGAUGCAAUUUAUGCUGUAUUACAAGUAUCAUAUUCAUUUCUAUGUAUUUAAUAACUGAAGGUGCUUUUUUCCCUUCACUUUUGUAUAUGCAAGAUGCCUUAUUACUUUUUAUUUUUUCUCUCCGCCCAGUAAUAUUAUGUAGCAUUUUUGUACUGGUGUAAGCUUUUUUUAAAUGAAUAAAUAUUUUCUAUAUUUA